GGCACAACAGUGCUUUAGGUUUCAACAUUAGCUCAUGUGGUGGUAUUUGUCAACAGUACAACAGGCACUUCACACACGAAUAACAAUUUAGAUCAAUUUUAACUGUGAUAGAAAAUACUGAACUUUGACUAGCUGUUCAUUUGGAUAUCAUUAAACAGUAGAACAACUAUUGGUUUUAAAUUCUUCAUAUCUGAAGUUCUCUAAAGUGGUUAAACCAUUUGAGGAAGAUCUAUGAUUAGCUUUAAAACAAUAAACAUCAAUGGAGUAUGGUUAAAACUUGAGGAACAAAGUGGUAAAAUCAGUGCAGUUCUUUCAGAGAUGGAUUAACAGCUGACAAGUUAGUCGCAAUAUCCAAGUGACAGAAUGAAGAAUAUAUUACUAUGGAUAUCUAUAGAAGUGUUUAUACUUCAGGUGACAAUAGCUGUAAAAGAGGAGAGUCAACCUAUUAUGAUUGAACAGUGGGGGCCAAUCCAAACAGAAUGCUCCAUCUUUGGUUGCAGUUGUAACUUUGAAGCACCAGAAACAAGGGUGUCCUGCUGGUCAAGCAAUAUCACAAGCAUUCCUGAUGAUCUGCCACAUAAUACUACUCAAUUGUCGAUGACAGGUACAGGUCUGGAGAACAUAUCUGCGUACGCUUUUGCGCGAUAUAGUCAGCUGAACACCAUAACUAUCAAAGAUAAUCACCACCUUGCAACUAUAGAGGGAAACGCAUUUGGAAGUCUACCACUUUUAAAAGUCAUAAUAAUCAGAGAAUGCAAGAAGCUGGAAUAUAUACAGCCAGGUGUGCUCGGUGAAUUCAACAGCUUACAGACUUUGAGUAUUACAAAGAGUGGCCUCAGGGAGGUGCCAGACUUCUCCAAGUUUAACAUCAGUAAAUCCACCAUGAUUGAAAUCAAUCUUGGGGAAAAUAAGAUCACGAGAGUGAACCAGGGAGCAUUUGCCAAAGUACACAGUCAUCAGUUAUAUCUUGUGAUGAAUCCCAUCACGGUGGUGGAGGAUUAUGCCUUCAUGGAUGCUGAGAUCUUGAAUCUAUAUCUGAGGAAAUGUAAACAAUUAACAGAGAUCCAGCCUGAUGCCUUCAGUGGCAGCAAGAAACUCAAGAAAUUGGACCUGUCAUCCACUGCGAUCAAUGUGCUACCAACAGCCGGUCUGACAGACUUGAAUGAGAUCAUACUUGAGGAGGUUGCAACGUUACGCAAGCUUCCUCCAGCCUUGAAGUUCCCAAGUAUACAGAAAGCAAAGGUACAUUACAAACACCACUGCUGUGCUUUCUGGAACCCUGACAAACAAGAACCUGCAGAAUGGAAGAUCUUUGUGCAAAAGGUGCAGGAAGAUUGUAAGAGUAGCUUGGGCCCACCCACCCCUACUCAAGCUAUGAUCACACGUUAUAGUAAUGAACUCAAAUCACUUCAAGGAUACCAUACCACAGUGAAGCGAGGGGCUAAAAGAAGAGCAAGGCCAAAGCGCUUCUUCUCCCAAAGAAUCCUGGACUUUGGACCCAGCAAAUCUAUUUUUAAUGAUAAUAGCAGUAUUGGGGAUAUAGGCAUAGAAGCUAAUUUUGGCAGCUUUGGGGGUCCUAGUACAAGUGAGAAAAGCAAUAUAAGCGGUGAUAUGGAUGGAGGUGGUGGUUUUGGUCAUUUUGGCCCUGGAGACAGUGAUGGAGACAGUGAAUCUGAUUCCUAUAAGCAGCUAGCUGAUAGGUGGGGAACUCCAAUACCUGAAAAUGUUACUCAUAAAUCAACACACUUGUGCGGUGACCCUGUUAAGAUAUUCCAUGAAAUGGAAUGCAGCCCAGAACCUGAUGAUUUCAACCCAUGUGAAGAUGUGAUGGGUUUCGUGUGGCUCAGGGUUUUUGUGUGGAUUAUUGCCUUGGCAGCAGUCAUUGGCAACAUUGUGGUAUUUAGUGUUACCCUAGCUACACUGUUCAACAAGCAGAAAUUGACAGUCUCAAAAUUCUUGAUGUGUAACUUAGCAUUUGCUGAUAUUGUGCUGGGGAUUUAUUUGUUGAUUCUAGCCUCAGUUGAUGCAAUGACCCUUGGGGAGUACUUCAACUUUGCCAUCCAGUGGCAAUAUGAGGGAGGUUGCCAGGUUGCUGGCUUUCUUACUAUUUUUGCAAGUCAGUUGUCCAUUUACACGUUAACUGUCAUGACGAUAGAGCGCUGGUACGCUAUUAAACACGCCAUUCACCUCACUAAACGUAUACGACUCCGUCAAGCCACCUUGAUUAUGUCAUUUGGCUGGCUGUUUGCUAUUUUCAUGGCAAUGCUACCUUUAGUGAACAUUAGCAGUUACAGUCAAACGAGCACGUGUCUCCCCUUUCGUAUUGAAAAUGGAGGGGAUCUUGCAUAUGUCAUGUCCCUUCUGGUUAUGAAUGCAUUAGCCUUUAUCACCAUCAGCUUUUGUUAUAUCAACAUCUUCAUUCAAGUGAGGUCCAAUCAAGAUGGGACCAAUCGCAACAAUGAUGCCACCAUUGCUAAACGUAUGUCCAUUCUCAUAUUCACAGACUUUGCAUGUUUCGCUCCAAUCGCAUUCUUUGCUAUAACUGCAGCGCUGGGAUCUCCUCUUAUUAACGUCACCAAAUCAAAGGUACUUUUGGUGUUCUUUUAUCCCUUAAAUAGCUGUGCCAACCCUUUCCUGUACGCAAUAUUUACCAAACAGUUCAGAAAGGAUUUCUUUAAUAUUUUAAACAGACGAGGCUUGUGCCAGAAGUACACCCUCAAAUACCGAUCAGAGUAUUAUAGUAGAGGAGAUUCAAUUAGUGAAGCACAGAAUCGUCGACUUGCAGUGCAUAUGAAUAAUCGAAACCAAUCAGAGGGCUCAGUGAAAACAUGCUACACUGAUUGCCGUUCAACAGACAAUUCUUUAAACUCACAAAAGGGAAUUCUGCCACAUAUUUCACCAAAGACACCUUAUAACAAAUCAUUAAAUACAUCACCCAAAUCAGCAGUCAAGGUGGCUGCCCCAUCUUUAUCCAAUGGAACUACUGGCCACCAAAAUGGUGGUGUUGUGAAGGACAGGAAACUGAGUGUGGUUCCUGAGACUAGUCAAAAUUCUCAAGAAUAUGAUCAGGAAGACACAAGUGCUAAUAUAUGUUCAAAAUCUGAGCAGGACACAUUGCUGCAGAAAACUUAUACUAACCAUAAUAUAACCUCAAAUAAAGAUGUAACCUCAAAUAACGAUGUGACCUCAAAUAAUGUAACCUCACAUUACUCCUUUGAUUCAAAUGCCCCAUCUAUUCCCAAUCAUCGCAAAGAUAGUGGUAUUACUAAUGUAAGCUCGUCAGCAAGUAACUCAACAGCGAUUACAAAUCUUACUGAUAUAUGUAAUGCUGGUCUCAUGGGAAAAGACAUCAACCUUGGUGAAUCUGUCAUUCCUGAAACAGAUGAGGACAGACUUACAUCUAGUAAUGAAGACAUGUUUUUGGAGACACCUUUUGGAAGAUCUGUCUCAGAAGUUAUGAACAUUGAACAGUAUAAACUAAAAGCUACUCCGCGUAAAUGCAAUCGUGAAAGUGGGUUUCACUCAACCAGUUCUGAAUCUAGUUCUACCUCAUUACAUGAUAUUGACCAAUCAGAUCCACUGAUAAACAACUUUGACCAAUCAAAUUCAAUGAUAGAUGAUCGUAAGCAAAGUUUAGAAAGUGGCUUUGUAUCCCCCUAUGCCACCAGCCAGCAUAAUAAGCUCAUGUGUAAUUUCCAACCAGAAGAGGAAAUCUGGCAGCUAAGGGAAAUUGACCUGGUUAACUUGGACACUCUAAAUGAAACACAGUGCUAG